AUGUUUCCUACCGAAAUGUGGAACGCCACUGACCUCCUAUUUAAUGGGUCAGAGGUGAACGCUUCUUUGGAAAAAGGCGAGGAGGGGGCGCAUCCGUUCCUGACAGAUGCAUGGCUGGUCCCCCUCUUCUUUUCCCUCAUCAUGCUGGUAGGACUCAUUGGGAACUCCCUGGUCAUCUAUGUGAUCUCCAAGCAUAGGCAGAUGCGGACGGCCACCAACUUCUACAUAGCUAAUCUGGCCGCAACAGAUAUCAUCUUCCUGGUGUGCUGUGUUCCCUUCACUGCCACACUCUAUCCCCUGCCAAGCUGGAUUUUUGGGGAUUUCAUGUGCAAAUUUGUUGCUUUUCUUCAACAGGUCACAGUCCAGGCCACCUGCAUUACCUUGACAGCUAUGAGUGGGGACCGCUGCUAUGCAACCGUGUACCCCUUGAAAUCCCUGCGGCACCGCACACCUCGUGUCGCCAUGAUCGUCAGUGUCUGUAUCUGGAUUGGGUCCUUCAUUUUGUCCACGCCCAUCUUCAUGUAUCAAAGGAUUGAGGAAGGCUACUGGUAUGGACCAAGACAUUACUGCAUGGAGAAGUUCCCUUCAAAGGCCCACGAGAAGGCUUUCAUUCUGUACCAGUUCAUAGCUGUCUACCUUCUGCCUGUACUCACCAUCUCACUCUGCUACUCCUUUAUGCUCAAGAGGGUGGGCCAGCCGGCAGUGGAGCCAGUGGACAAUAAUUACCAGGUACACCUGCUGUCAGAGAGGACGAUCGCCAUCAGAAGCAAGAUUUCCAGAAUGGUGGUGGUCAUUGUCUUGCUAUUUACUAUCUGCUGGGGUCCCAUCCAGCUCUUCAUCCUGUUCCAGUCCUUCUAUCCCAACUACAAGCCCAACUACGCCACCUACAAGAUCAAGACCUGGGCUAACUGCAUGUCUUACGCCAACUCCUCCAUCAACCCCAUCGUCUAUGGCUUCAUGGGCGCAAGCUUCCGCAAGUCCUUCAAAAAGACUUUUCCGUUCCUGUUUAAACAUAAGGUGCGGGACAGUAGUGUGACCUCCCGGACAGCAAAUGCAGAAAUCAAGUUUAUUGCCACUGACAUGAGCAACAAUGAAGGAAAGUAA